UGAAUUCACAAACUGAACGACAGUUUUACAGGAAAGUGAAAGUAACUUUGAGAGAACAGGGAGUGGCUGAGCUGUUUGUCUGCUGUGUUUUCAGCUUCACUCAGAGACUAAAUGGCUUCCAGAUUAGAGGAGGAUCUCUGCUGUUCUGUCUGCCACGACAUCUUUAAAGAUCCUGUUCUUCUGUCAUGCAGCCACAGCUUCUGUAGAGACUGUCUGCAGAGCUGGUGGACGGGGAAACCAACCAGAGAGUGUCCGGUCUGUAAGAGAAGAUCCUCAAAGGAUCGUCUACCUCCUAACUUGGCGUUAAAGAACCUGUGUGAGAGUUUCUUACAGGAGAGAGAUCAGAGAGCUUCAGAGGCUCUCUGCAGUCUGCACUCUGAGAAACUCAAACUCUUCUGUCUGGACCAUCAGCAGCCAGUGUGUCACAUCUGCAGAGACUCAGAGAAACACUCCAAGCACACAAUCAGACCCAUCGAUGAAGCUGCAGAACAACACAAGAAGGAACUUCAGGAAACUCUGGAGCCUUUAAAGAAGAAGUUAAAGAGUUUUAAAGAAGUUAAAGUGAAGUUUGAUCAAACAGCAGAACACAUUCAGGUCCAGGCCCGACGCACAGAGACGCAGAUUAAGGAGCAGUUUAAGAAGCUUCACCAGUUUCUAGAAGAGGAAGAGGAGGCCAGGAUGGCUGCACUGAGGGAGGAAGAGGAGCAGAAGAGUCAGAUGAUGAAGGAGAAGAUGGAGGCUCUGAGCAGAGAGAUAGCAGCUCUUUCAGACACAGUCAGAGCCACAGAGGACCAGCUGAGAGCUGAACACGUCUCAUUCCUGCAGAACUACAAGGCUGCAGUGGAAAGAGUCCAGCAGCGCCCCCUGCUGGAGGAUCCACAGCUGCCCUCAGGAGCUCUGAUAGACCAGGCCAAACACCUGGGCAACCUGGCCUUCAACAUCUGGAACAAGAUGAAGGACCUGGUCUCCUACAGUCCUGUUGUUCUGGACCCAAACACUGCUGGUAUAGAACUCAUCCUGUCUGAAGAUCUGACCAGUCUGAGAGCAGGAGAGAGACAGCAGCUUCCUGAUAAUCCAGAGAGGAUUGAUGAUUAUUCCUGCUCUGUUCUGGGCUCUGAGGGCUUUAACUCAGGGACUCACAGCUGGGAGGUCCAGGUUGGAGACAAUACAUUCUGGUAUCUGGGUGUGUUAGCAGAGUCUCAGAGGAAAGGAGGCAUAACGUCUGGAUUAUGGAGAAUACGGUUGUAUGGAGAUAAAUACUACUCAGAGUCACCAUCAGAUGGACGAACUGUUCUCGUAGUUCAGAAGAAGUCUCAGAGGAUCAGAGUGAAUCUGGACUGGAACAGAGGAAAGCUGUCGUUCUCUGAUGCUGACACUAACACACACAUACACACCUUCACACACACUUUCACUGAGACGAUGUUUCCAUAUUUUAAGAAUUAUGAUCUGAAGAAUCUGCAGGUUUUACCAGUGAAGGUCUCUGUGGCUGCAGGACAACAGGAAUAGACGAUCAGCAUCGUCUGAAGUCUUUGAGGAACAUGUGACCACGUUGUCCUCGGGACGUUUGUUUCUCUGUCAGUGUGAGGAAAUGAUGUCAUGAUGAUGUCAUGAUGAUGUCACAUCACAAAGAGCUGUCAAUC